AUGGAUUCGUCUCGUGAAGCUAACCGCGAACGCCAUAAGGAGGAGAGAAGAGAAGACGAGACAUCUUCUCUGGUGGAUGUAAAUCUCAUGGUGGUGCUUCUCUCUCAGCUUUCUUCAACGACGAACGAAGAUGAGAAGAGUUUUGAGAACGAAAGAAGUGUUGCACACGAGGUUCGUGAAUCAAGAGCACGUGCAAACAAGAGGUUUAUGAAGGAAACCAAGCUGAUGGGGAAAAGGACGCACGUGCUUCAACCUAUGGCUAAGGAAUUCAGGUGA